AUGACUACGGUCCCAGCUGCGGGCAGUGGAGUUCCAGCCAUGGAGGUGAACUGUGAGGAGUUGGAGAAAAAUUUAGACGUGUUUGCUUGGGACCCCUAUGAGGCCCCCGGGGUCGACCCAGAUUUCAUCUGCCACCGCCUUAAUGUGAACCCGGCCAUAACACCUAAGAGGCAAGCUCCUCGACGACCAUCGAAAGAGCAUACUGACGUCGUGAUAGAAGAGGUCACAAGAUUGAAGAAAGCAGGGGCUAUCAAAGAGGUCUUCUAUCCCGAGUGGUUAGCCAACAUGGUGGUGGUGAGGAAGAAGAGUGGGAAAUGGCGAGGCUACCACCAGAUACCCUUGGCCGCCGAAGACCAGGAGAAGACUGCUUUUGUCACCCUAGUUGGGAAUUACCAUUAUAAAGUGAUGCCCUUCGGCCUAAAAAAUGCCGGGUCAACCUAUCAGAGGAUGAUGACCAAGAUGUUUGAACAUCAGAUGGGCAAAAACAUUGAAGUAUACAUAGACGACAUGGUGGUUAAAAGUAAGCUGGCUCCCAACCAUAUUGAUGAUCUCGGGGACGUUUUUCAAAUACUAAGAAAGUAUAAACUACGGCUGAAUGCGACCAAAUGUUCAUUUAGGGUAGGAUCUGGAAAGUUCCUGGGCUAUAUGGUGACUCACAGAGGCAUUGAGGCUAACCCUGACCAAAUAAGAGCCAUCCAUAACUUGCAGCCUCCUCAGAACCCUAAGGAAGUCCAGAAGCUUACUGGUAUGAUAGCAGCUUUAAACCGUUUCAUCUCGCGCUCAGCAGAUAGAUGCAGACCAUUCUUUCUCCUAUUGCACAAAUGGAAAGGAUUUGAGUGGGAUGAGAAAUGCGCUGCAGCUUUCCAACAGCUAAAGGAAUACCUCGCCCAACCACCGAUUAUGUCCAGUCCCGAGACCGACGAGGUUUUGUUUGCCUACAUAGCAGUGGCUCCACAUGCAGAGGCAGAAACCCGUUACCUUCCCCUCGAAAAGGCUAUCCUGGCCAUCGUACAGGCCACAAGAAAGCUGCCCCACUACUUUCAAGCACACACUGUUGUGGUGUUAACUCAACUCCCCUUAAAAUCCGUCCUACGCAGCGCAGAUUACACAAGUAGAAUUGCAAAAUGGGGAACUAUUUUGGGCGCCUUUGACAUUAGGUACAUGCCUCGCACCGCUAUAAAGGGCCAAGUCCUUGCCGACCUGGUGGCAGAGUUUGCGGAGCCUGCAUCAGAAGGAAAGGAAGUGUUGGUCUUACUGGGCGCUGGUGUGCGGGUGAGCAGCACAGUUUCCCCGCACGGACUCACUUGGUGGAAUGCAUACAUUGAUGGCGCAUCGAACCAAAGGGGCUCAGGGUUAGGGCUUGUCCUGCUCUCACCUGAAGGAAUAACCAUAGAGAAGUCAUUGAGACUCGGUUUUUUAGCCACAAAUAACGAAGCCGAAUAUGAGGCGCUAUUGGAAGAGAUGGGAAUGGUCCGGAAAAUGGGGGGGAAAUCCGUAGACAUGUUCUCGGAUUCAAGACUUAUUGUGGGGCAGGUAAAUGGAGACAUGGAGGCAAAGGACGAAAGAAUGCAAGAGUAUCUAGUUCGGGUCAAGCACCUGCAGACCCAAUUUCAUCACUUCCGCCUGACGCACGUCCCCAGAAGUGGGAACACCCAUGCUGAUUCUCUCGCGACGUUGGCUACCUCCUCGGCUCAACCCCUACCUCGAGUCAUUCUGGUAGAAGAGGUCCUCCGUCCAUUAAUGGAAAGGCCAAAUGGGAUUGGAAUACAUAACAUCAGGGCAGGACCGAGCUGGAUGGACCCUAUCGUUCUGUACUUAAAGCAUGACACCUUGCCAGACGAUAAGGUUGAGGCUGGCAAAAUCAGGAGAAAGGCUACCCGAUUCUGGUUAUCGGAGGACUCCAAGCUUUACCGACGCUCGUUUUCAGGGCCGUAUUUGCUAUGUGUGCACCCAGAGGCUGCAGAACUCAUCCUGGAGGAGUUACAUGAAGGAAUUUGCGGAAGUCACACGGGGGGUAGGUCUUUGUCUCACAGAGCCUUAACGCAGGGUUAUUGGUGGCCGAGCAUGAAAAAGGAAGCCAUGGAUUACGUAAAGAAGUGGGACCAAUGCCAGAGAUUCGCUCCGAGCAUACACCAGUCUGGUGGAAAGCUAAACCCGAUGUCCAGUCCCUGGCCGUUUGCACAAUGGGGCCUAGAUAUACUUGGUCCAUUCCCCAAGGCAACAGGGAAUAGAAGAUUUCUUCUCGUCGGCACCGACUACUUCACCAAAUGGUUUGAUAGCAAAGCCUUCAAAAGGUACUGCAGCGAACUGGGAAUUGUUAACCGAUAUUCCACGCCGGCUUACCCCCAGGUAAUGGCCAAGCAGAAGCCGUCAACAAGACCAUAUUGA